GCGGCGGGUCUGCUUCUCUGGAAAUGGAUGGCUAGGAACGGUCGUGCCUAGGUUAUAUCUUCCAGAGGUGGGCAUCAGCCAAGAACGUGCUUCGAGAGCCCCCCCGCACUUGCCACGAGGCAGUGGUCAACGAGCUUCAACUCCGACGCGUUUCCAGUGAAUCCACCGUGCCAACAUGAAGCUCCAUAUGAUGUUAAUGGCUGCCGUAGCAACGUCUUUUGCUUUGGGUCAGAAAGUUGUCUACGGGCCACCCGUGCUCGACUCAAGUAGCCAAGAGGGGCAAACGCAGCAGUAUCAGCAGCAGAAUCAGCCUUUCAGGCAACAGCAAAAACAGCAACAGCAGCAGCGGCAGCAGCGACUCACGUUCAAAAAAAAUAUGGCUCAAGCAGUGCUACAGAAAACAGAUCAAGAUGCAAGAUGCCCAAACGGUCGCUGCCAAGAGGUCACUUGUACAGCAAAGCGCAUCGUGCGGCUACUACGACGACGUUGUAUACUUGCACCGACAGGAGCAGCAGAAAAAUGUCUAGAUAACCGAUGCGUUCGUUACAUCCUCGAUAAGAACGGCUGCAAUUAUGAAGACCUACCAACGUGGAUUUUCGACCGUGAAACGAGGUCUUCGAGGAACUUUCCUGCUGUUUGUCAAGACGGAACUAACUCCCAAAUUUCCAGCGCCCAAUCGUCGGCGGAAGCACUGCAAACUCAGGUCACUCAGUCCCAACGCUACUCUACAGCCCAAACCAAAAGGUCCCAAGCUCAACUAAAGCAGCAGCCUAGUUUGCAGUACUCUGAGGGUCAGCAAAAACUACUGCCGUCAACAGCAGGAGCUGCUUUAGAUUCCGCUUACAAUAGCGCUGAACUCCGGUCGCUAAUGCUACAAAGCCGGAUUUCGGAACCAUUGGCGUAUAGCUAUGGAAUGAUGUAUCCACAAGUUCCAUUGUUCUUUGUUUACUUGGCGCAGCCGUACGAUUUCACGCAAGGGCAAUACACGACAAAAGAAUCAUUGCAACAGUAUUCGCCGACAGCAUCGGUUGCCAGUAAAGGCGCCAUGCUUAAGGACCUUUUCGGUGACAAAGGGUUGGCCGUUAUAAGUGAAGCUAGCAUGCGGAAAUUCUCCACGCCCGUCCCGACUUGGUCUUCGAGCAGACGGGUGGCCACGGACAAUCAAGGCCAGACAAAACGACGAGUGACAAGAGACGGAGGUUGGCAUGCCAGCGAACAAACUGCGGUCCAGAGCUAUCAGCCCUUCAGCACCUCGAGCGCAGGCCAGGAAGCACUGCAGGCUCAAGUCAAAAGUGCAAAGCUUGUUAAACUAGCGGCGUCAAGCCUAUCAGGAGCAACCUCCGCAGCUCUCUCGGAAGCGGCAGCGCAGCAGCAAACCCAGCAGCACGUGCCCGGAGCGCGCGACGCCGCCGUUUCCUCCGGUGGCUUUUACCGCGAGACGAAGCACCAGUUCAGCCAGGUCGGUGCAGCAGACACGUCAGCGAGCCAACAAGAAGAGACCAGCUCACAGUCGUCGCAGGAAGAAAUCGCUGCUCAGUCGAGCGAGGCAGCAGACGUGCAGCAACCUCUCCAAGAGGUGUCGAGCGUACCUGCGCAGUCGAGCCUGUACAGUGAGCAAGCUACUGGACAGCAAACUGCCUCGUCAAGUGCCUGGAGCGGAGGUGUCCGCCACCAGAAGGUGGCCCAACUGGGCGGUACGAAGGGAGGCACGAAGGGCAUGCUACGCACAGUGGCGCGCACAAACGCGUGGACGCGAAACAGUCUGGGAUAUAGUGGGUAGGCGUUUUCUUUUUUAAUUAUUAUUAUUAUUUGACAAAGAAAAACCGGGGCAAGGUAAACCACGUCCGCACGAUGCAUACGCGUGCAUCCCGAUUGGCGAAUAAAUGUCCUUGUA